CCCAGGUUGGGGGGGACACGGUGGGGACACCGCCACAUAGGGGACAGGGCACCCCCAGGUAGGGGACAGUGGGCUGCGGGGCUACCCGGUGGGAGAUAGGGGAUUGUGGGGGGGGCUCCAAGGCCACCCCCCAGGUAAGGGACAAGGGGACAGCAGGGACACUCAGGGAAGGGACAAGGGGACUCCAAGGGCUGUGUCCCCCCAUCCCGUCCCUUCUCCCUCGGGCAUCCUCAAAGCGCUCUCCAAGAGGUCCCCAGCGCAGGGAACAGAGUUGGGGGACAGUUGUAGGAGGGCAAUGCCCCAUCCCAGUUUUGGGGCGCAUGUGGGGGUGCCCCAUAAGUGGCCCUAUCCCUGUUGGUCCCACCUGGGCUCCCACCCCAGGAGAUUUUGGGGUGAUGCUUGUGGGAAACCGGGGGGCCCUUCCCAACGUGGCCUCGGCCAUCCCAAAACAGGAUGGAGCUACAUGGGGGGGCCAGACACCCCCCAAAAAAAAGGGGGGGGGGCGAACCCCAUUAAUGCACCCCACAAGCCUUAACCACCUGAAUGGCCCCCGGCUUGGGGGGGGGGGAACCGGGGGGUGCCGUGAUGGGGCCGCUGGGAUCCCGUCAGCCCCGGCACAAAGAGGAAUGCGAUGAGCACAUGGUUCCUAUUAGCCCUGGAGAUUUUUUUUUUUUUUUCCUUUUUCGGGUUGUUUUUUUAUGAUUAUUACUCCCCACCACCACCACCUAUUUUCUGCAGCUCAGCCGGGGAGGAGGAAAACCAGCAGCUCCCGCGGGCGAGGAUUUGAGCAGCCGGGCAAAGGCUGGCAGCGCUGGAGCCCGUUUGGGGUUUUGCCGGCGGGGAGGGAGGGAGCGAAUCCACUCAGGGUUUUUUCCUAUUUAAUCCCUUCCCCUGCUUGAGUCAGAGGCUGAAAUCACCAGCGUGCAUGUCCUGAAGCUUUUCCCCAACCACGGGGGGACCAGCUGCCCCUGAAAGGAUGCAUUGAUGUCUUUGAGCGGGAUUUUGGGGGAGCAGAGCCACCCCGCACCAGGGCAUGAGACCGGGCAACUCGUCACACAGGUCUGGCCCCUCUAUGGCUUCAGCGAUGCUGCCAGGGAAAGCGGAGAAGAGGAUCGCUUCAUCAGUCUUCAUCACCUUGGUGCCGCCACGGAGGGAGGUGGUAACCAAGGAGAAAACCCAAAGAGAGCCGCAGCCAGACGGUGCCGAGGUCCCAGGCACACAUCACCCCCAGACCCCACCGCCGCAGCCCCCCACAUUGCCCAACAGAGAAAUCCGCCCAGCAGCCCCCGUGCCUUCGUCCCCACCGGUCCUCAUCCUCUCCAAAGCGCCCCAGCCGUUGUCUGCAGAGGCACUGGGUCCGGCGCUGCAGCAAUUGGACCUUGCAACACCUGCCACCCUCCAGGCUCCUUCUGCCUUCCCCGCUGAAUUGAGGCCGCCCAAAUUUUGCCAGGAGCAAGCGGGCAAGACACAGUGGCAGGAUGCGAAUGGGUACCCGGAGAGGGACAGCUCCAGAGACAUCUGUGCCUUCUGCCACAAAGUGGUGGGACCCCGGGAGCCAACAGUGGAGGCGAUGCGGAAGCAAUACCACGCCGACUGCUUCACCUGCCGGACAUGCCACCGGCUCCUGGCUGGCCAGCGCUACUACCAAAGAGAUGGGCGGCCCACGUGCGAUGCCUGCUACCAGGCCACGCUGGAGAAAUGUGCCAAGUGCCGGGGGCUGAUUGCAGAGCGCAUUGUCCGUGCCCUGGGCAAGGGCUACCACCCUGGCUGCUUCUCCUGCACCGCCUGCGGCCGGGCCAUCGGCGCCGAGAGCUUCGCCGUGGAUGAGCGGGACGAGGUGUACUGCGUGGCCGACUUUUACAGGAAAUAUGCUGCAGUUUGCAGCGCCUGCAAGCACCCCAUAGUCCCCCGCGAGGAUAAGGACACCUACAAGAUCGAGUGCCUGGGACGCAGUUUCCAUGAGAGCUGCUACCGCUGCGAGAGCUGCGGGACGCCCUUGUCACCGGAGCCGACAGAGAAUGGGUGCUACCCCCUGGACGACCACCUCCUCUGCAAGUCCUGCCACGUCCGCUGGCGAAACGAGUCGUCCUGCUAAAACCCUGUGGCUCAGCCUCCAUCUUCCAGCACCGGCCACCAAAAAGGGGGUGCACCCACGAGGAUGCACCCUGCAGCUGGUCCCGAGGUGCCUGCUGCACCCCCAAAUAGCUGCACGACCGGCAUUUUCAUCACCAAAAUGUACCCAGGACCCCAACCUGCUGGGCUGGCCAAGCGGAGAAGCACAGAUGUGUCCCAGCAUGGCUCUGUGCUCGUUACAAACGUAAAAAGCCCUGGGAGAGCAGUGGUGGUGGAGGAGCUGAGGUUUCGUUCACUUAUUUCUUUUUUUAAACUCCUUUUCCGAGGCUGGUUUGGUUUCCUUGGGUGUUUUUUCUUUCUUCUCGAGCUUCCUUGGGGUUUCAAUUAAACGUUUCUCUCUGCGGUGAUGCAGAGAGCAGGCACUGAUUUAGUUACUCGCAGUUAAAUAAAACCCCGAGUUUAAAAAACCUCGUUUCUUUCAUCCGCCCUGCAUUCCAAACCCAUAAAAUGCAAGUUUAAAAAUAAGAAAAAAAGCCACUUUUUAGGUUUUAUAGGCAUGGCAAAAGUCAGGUCGCUCAGGACAAUAAUGCAGCUGAUUUCGGGGUGCAGCGAUUUGGCAGAUGCCGCUGUCGCCCCGGGGGAGAGCAGAGGGUCGUUUUUUGGGGCCGGACUUGGGAUUUUACGAUGUGCGGUGAUGUUGAUCAAAGUGUGUUUGGUGGUGGUGAUUUUUUUGCAGCCAGCCUGUGCUCUCUGGGCUCCAUCUCAACCAAGUCCCAGAGCCGGCAGAGGGCAGCCAGAGCACAAAUUCCUCCAUCAGGCAGAAAAACUCCAGCUAAACGCACUCUCCUAUAUCCGAUAGCCCCGUUAUUGCACAUUAUCCAAGACAACAUCACUCCGCCAUCGGAAGCUUUUCCAUCUUCUCUGGGUCCAACCCCCAAACCAGCAGAAAUUAGACUCUUUUUCUGCGUGCCCAACAUCUGUGCAACUGAUGUCACUGGUGCUUAGUGGUUUUGUUUGCGAGGGCAUUGCAAACCAGUCGGAGAAAGAGGGGUUUUCUUUUUAACUGAAAGCACUUAAAAAGCCACAAAUCAAGAGCAGAAAAUAGCAAGAGCAUCUGAGAUGAUGUUUAAUGCUUUCCUGAUGGAAAAAAGGGAGCUGCUAAAAAAAAAAAAAACUACCACCAAACCAGCAGCCAUAUGCUUCUAGGUCAUGUUGUAUAAUGUCUCUCCAGCACAUGCUGUAUUUAUGAAUGAAAGGGUUAAUAUAUGGUUAAUGUAUGCACUGGA